CAGGAGAUUGAGUCAUGCAGUGAUCGUCGAUCGUCCAAGAUAGCUAGCCUGGCUGUGGCAUAACAUGAUAGACCAUUCCACUGGUAUUUAAUCUCUUAUCGGUGUCCUCUUCAAAUCCUAACCCAUCCCCUGCGAUAGCCAAACGAUCUCUAAGCCACAAUGCCUGGUCGUCUGCAGGAUAAAGCAGCUUUGAUCACAGGGGCCGGCUCUGGAAUCGGUCUGGAGUCAUCGAUCCUCUUCGCCCAGGAAGGCGCAAACGUCUUGCUUGUGGACGUGAACCUACCCGCGGCUGAAAAGGUUCAGAAGCUCAUCGCCGAUCGAUUCCCUAAUGUGAAGUCUGCCGCCUUCAAAGCGGAUGUCGGAAAGGAGGAGGACGUCAAGGCAGCUGUCGAUAAGGCUGUCGAGCUCUUCGGUCGUCUGGAUGUUAUGUUUAACAAUGCGGGCAUCAUGCACCCCGCCGACGACAAUGCGCUCAAUACCGAGGAGAAAAUCUGGGACUUGACUCACACGAUUAACGUCAAGGGUGUGUGGUGGGGCUGCAAGUACGCCAUCCUCGCUAUGCGCAACAACCCUGUAGACGAGGCCAAGGGUCUUCACACCGGUGGAAGUAUCAUCAAUACCGCUAGCUUUGUAGCCAUUAUGGGUGCUGCUACGCCACAGUUAGCUUACACUGCAUCGAAGGGUGCCGUGCUUGCCAUGACCCGUGAACUUGCAAUGGUACACGCCCGAGAGGGAAUCCGCUUCAACUCUAUCUGCCCCGGUCCCUUGAAGACUCCUCUUCUCAUGGACUUCCUGAAUACCCCAGAGAAGCGAGAUCGCCGUUUGGUUCACCUCCCAAUGGGUCGUUUCGGCGAAGCAGUGGAAGUUGCCAAGGGUGCUUUGUUUUUGGCCAGCGACGACAGCAGUUACAUGACGGGUACUGACUUCAAGGUGGACGGUGGUUUGACUUCGGCAUAUGUAACCCCAAUCGGCGAACCCGCCCUACCACCUCCAUCCAGCCUUGUCUAGAUGUCGGGUUAGCUUUGGGGAAUGUGGGGACGCUGGGGAUUUACCGCAAUCUAUGGACCAUUUACCGCCACCAAUUUAUGAGGAUCUGUUGUUUACGUUCGGACCGCCUGUUGUACAAACCACUAGAGUACAUAUACAAUACAUAUCCUUUUGCGAAAUAGGAGGGGGGAUGAGUGACACAACACAAGAAUGGAAACUAGAUUCCGAAGUCUUUGCAACCCUACCACGAGGUUAGAGUUCUUGCUCUUCUUUAAGCUCUUCAUCAAGCUCAUCCGCACGUUUCUUGUCACCUUCGGCCUUUUUGAUUCGCGCGAUCUCUUGUCCAAUAUCAUUAUGCAAGGCCUUCUGAAACUCCGGACGAUAUCCAAGCCUGAAUAGGAGUUCCACAUGUACAAAGAAGGGAGCUAGAACAAGGG